UCUGUAGCAGGGAAACCCCUACAAGACACAGUACCUUCCAGCUUUUCUGGAUCUCGCCUGUGGCUGACAUUGUGCCAUUGUGCCCAUUUUUUCUGGUCCUUUGUAUUUUAUUUACAACAUUCUCUCUAUCCCAUCCUACAUUACCCAGAUUCACCGGGAGGGAUCUGCGCACAAAGAGCGCGUAGCCAAUCGUUGGGAGACUCUGGUAAAUUUCGGCCAAUGCCCGCGACCCUCUUAUUUACAUAGAGACGAGACGAUCCAAUCGGGAGUCAGCACAGAAGUGGAUUUUGACUUCUCUGCCCAAUGGCUGCGGAAGGUUCCCCAGAGGCUCCUGAGGGCAAGGAGGCCCCCAAAGUCACAAAACAGAGACCUGCUCCACCCAAGCCUGAGGCCAAGCCCAAGAAAACUGUCGUCAAGAAGGUGGUAGAUGAUAAGGGAGCAAAGGCAAAGAAAGGUGGCGCUAAGGGGAAGAAGGAAGACGGUCCUGCCCAGAAUGGAGACACCAAGGCCAAUGAGAUCUAUGUGUCUCGUCCGUCUGUCAGUGUGUCUUCCAUCAGAAGCACGGCUCCCUCCAUGAUGUCAGUGAGAGGACAGAGUGAGACAGUCAGAGUUAAGGGUAACUGAAGCAGCAGAAGAGGCGACCGAGGAGAAGGCGUAAAGGCACGGGCGCGUCCAUCGACUCGCCCCCUCUGACUCCAUGGCAGCAAAGCAUCUUUUUUUACUGACGAUUUUGUACCAUGCUGAAUUUUUUUUAGACUUGUGAUAGUAGAGAUGGACAACCAGCAGCCCCACCUCCCGUAUCUUCACACUCCUUCCCCCACCUCCUGUUUUUGCUCCAUUCUCCUCCUCCCCCCAGCAUUCUGUAUUGCUAUACUGUAUGCCUCUUAGAAGCAGAAAGGCAGAAUGAAGUGGUUUUAUCAGACAGCUGCAGAUGUUCUUUGUUUUGCCCGAAAGGAGCUGUAAACAAGACUUUUUUUAAAUCUAUAAACCGGCUCUGCCUUCAUUCGUAGUUAUGCUUCUCUAUAAUACAUCACUUACUGGCACUUUGCCUGCAAUCGGAUGAUGGUCACACCAUGAUGUAACCCCCUUACGGCUAAGGUGAGCACAUCAACAGUUUGGUUGCAGAGCCACAAGAAACCAGUUCCACAGUCACCAUGGAGAACAUCUGCAGCUUUUUAAAAAUCUUACUUUUUAGUCACCACCACUGUGUUUCACAUAGCUCCUUUUGUAAGUGUAUACUGGAGUGAAUGUGUUUGUGAGUCUCUGUGCUUGACUUUGUUUCCUCCCCCUUUCCUUUCCUUUCUUUCUUUCUUUUUCUCUCUCCCCUGAACGCCUUGUCCUGCAGCAGAGUGACAUAGCAAUAAUGAGUGGUGCUUCUGUUCUAGACGGCUCUAUUGGCUUUGGACCCUCUGGGCUUCUCUGAGUUUCAUCCUGUUGGGAGAAUAUUUUGAAAUAAAAGAAAAAGUUGAUGUCU